GCACUACCUACACAAUGUCUCUCUGCAAGCACUGCAUCUCUGGUGUCCGCCAUGAGGGCACGCCCGCGGGCCAGACUACCCAGUACGGCGGUGUCGAGACGUACAUCGCUACGCCGACCACCGAGUACCCGAAGGACAAGGCCGUCCUCUUCCUGACCGAUGUCUUCGGCCUCAAGCUGCAGAACAACCUCCUGCUCGCGGACGACUACGCACUCAACGGCUUCAAGGUGUACGUGCCGGACCUCUUCGAGGGUGAUGCGCUCCCCGAGGACGCGCUGAACAGCGGCACCUUCGACAUCAUGAGCUGGAUUGGAAAGCACAGCCCGGACCGCGUCGUGGGCAUCAUCCGCGGCGUGCUCGCCGCGCUCAAGGCGGACGGCAUCACGAAGAUCGGCGCCAUCGGGUUCUGCUAUGGGGCGCGCCCCGCGUUCGACCUCGCGUUCAACGGCGAGGUGGACGUCGUCGGCGUCUCGCACCCGUCGCUCCUGAAGAUCCCCGAUGACCUCGAGAAAUACUUGACGACCUCGAAGGCGCCGCUGCUCAUCAACUCGUGCACGGUCGACUCGCAGUUCCCCAUCGAGGCGCAGGCGAAGGCGGACGAGAUCCUCGGCGGGGGCAAGUUCGCGCCCGGAUACGAGCGCACGUACUGGGACGGCUGCACGCAUGGCUUCGCUGUCCGCGGGGACAUUAGUGACCCGAAGGUCAAGGCCGGCAAGGAGGGCGCGUUCAAGGCCACCGUCGAGUUCCUCAUCAAGCACUUGUAAGCUCGGGGCGCUGGAUAGCCGGUUUAUGGCCGGCACCGAGCCCCGGGGCGUUAAUGGGGAUAUCAAGGAGAUCAUAAGAAGUGUAUUUGCAAAGGCUGUACGACCUGGGAGUUUGUGUAUACAAGGUUCAGAACCAGAUAUCAUUC